UCUUUUUCGGUAUCGUUAACGGAUUGGCUUUGGUACUUGUUGUUGUUAUUAUUAUUAUUUUUUUUUUUUUCGAACGGCUCCUCCACGCGCACCCGCACCCACAACAGUGAAAUCUCUCUCCGUCUCUCUUUCUCUCUUGCUGCCCCAUCGCGAUCAAUUUCGAACGUCAUCAACCCAUAGCCCAGACGUGUCGCUCGAUUGAUUGUUGCAAAAAAAACAGAAACAAGCAAAUAUUAAACAAUAACAACAACGAUUACAUAUAAUAUAGAUAUCUAUAAAUUUUAUUUCCACUGACUGAAUAUGACAACGAAUAUGUCGAAGAGUCCGCGGCCUCUAAAGAUCACCAUUGUUGGUGAUGGAAUGGUUGGCAAAACUUGCAUGCUGAUAACUUAUACGCAAAAUGAAUUUCCAGAGGAAUAUGUGCCAACAGUUUUUGAUAAUCAUGCCUGUAAUAUACAAGUCGACGAUCAUGAAUAUAAUCUGACACUGUGGGAUACAGCCGGACAGGAAGAUUAUGAACGAUUGCGACCAUUGAGCUAUCCAAAUACAAACUGCUUCCUGUUGUGCUAUUCGAUCAGUAGUCGUACCUCAUUUGAAAAUAUCAAAAGCAAAUGGUGGCCCGAGAUUCGUCACUAUUCCAACAAUGUUCCCGUGGUGUUGGUUGGAACAAAAUUGGAUUUACGUAUACCACAAUCCGAGAAAUUUGUCACACUGCAGGAGGGUCGACGAUUGCGUAAGGAGAUCCAUGCCUAUAGUCUGGUAGAGUGUUCGGCAAAGAAAAAACAAAAUCUAUCAUUGGUAUUCGAGGAGGCUGUCCGUGCCGCCGAAAAGAAACCAAAAUCCAAGCCACAAACAUGCACUUUGCUGUAGAAUGGAAAGCAAGCAUGAAUAACAAAACAAAGAUCCAUAAAUAAUUGUAAUAAAUAAGUGUAAUAUUUGUAAUUAUUAUAUGUCUGAUUUCCUUCUGUUUUUCAUGAGUAUAUGUAACAUAGAAAAAAUGUUAAUGUUAAGUUUUAUAAUCUAAGUGCUAGAGUUUGUGUGUGAAAUUUUGAUUAUUAUUAUAUUUCGUAUGCGACCAAAGUGCAUUUCUGUAUGAAGAAAAAAAAGCCCAAAUAAUAUAUAUACAUAUAUAUAAAA